AUGUUGGCCAAACAAAUAUUCUUAUCAAGGGCAUAAAAUAAACCACAAUAAACAAGCAAAAUCGAAUUCCCCACUCUCUUGGAUUUGGCAAUAGAGCAGGUGGCUCUUAAUUUUGAUCUAUAUUCUUAGUUGCCAGGUAUUCCAGAAAAAAUAAAACAUUAAGUAUUCCCUCUUCAUUAAGAUUAGAUUAUAUCAAAAGCACCUAAAACCUUACCUGUAACAAUCACUUACAAUAGCAUUGAAGAUGAGAAUUAUUGGAAACAAGCUUGUGAAACUAAGUGGAAAGGCACUCACAGAACUAUUAAUAUCUGCAGACAUAGUUACAGUUAUAAAAUUGCCUAUAUGGAAAAUUUCUUGGAAGAAUACAUUAAAUCAAUAAAAAGUUUAGAAUCCCAAUAAGAGAAAGACGAAUUGCAAGCAAUAUUAAAGGCAGUCAAUAAUUGGGUCUAUUCCCUCAAUAUAUCAUAAACUUAAUGCAAUAUUGACAUUGGAUUUUUAUGCCAGUACUUGCCAUGUCUCUAGAAUUUGACAGUUAUAUAUGGAGUUAAAACUACUGGAAUCGAUCAAACAAGAAAGGAAAUCUUGGGCAUGAAACUAAGUCAAGCAGCUGAAUUGGGAGAAGCAAUCUCUAAGCAUUGCAGAAAUCUUCAAUCCUUAUCUUUACCAUCUAAUUUAAUCGAUGAUGACUUAUUAAGAUUGCUCAUGACAGGAAUCAAUCUUGAUAUCUCCAUUAUAGAGUUGAAUUUAUCUCAUAAUAAGAUUGGAGAUCAAGGAGUCAUACGUAUUGCAAAGUAUUUGAUGAGAUCAGAAAUACUGCUCAAAUUGGAUUUGUCCAAUAAUGCAAUUGGGUUAGUCGGAUCUAAAAAUUUGGCAUAUGCUCUUUUGUUCAACAAAUCUCUUGAGCAUUUGAAUUUGUCAUUAAAUUCAUUCAACGAUAUCGCUGGUGCCAACUUCUUUAGCAAACUUAGUUAAAACAAAAGUAUCCAACAUUUGAAUUUGUCUGCUAAUUAAUUGGGGAGCUUAACUGCUGAAAUGCUUGAAGUAUAUUUAUCAGAUUCCUCAUGCACCUUACAAUCCUUAAAUAUUAGCAAUAAUAAUUUUAGCGAAAAUAAUGACAAUAAAGACAAAAAUAUCUAUGAAAAACUCAAGACCGGUUUAACUAAGAAUACAAGUUUGAUUCACUUUGAUAUUUCUCACUCUAAAUUUAAAAGAAAUAAUGCUGAGAAGGAAUUGCAAGAUAUUAUUGUUCAAAGUAGAUUAAAAUAGAGGAAAAUUCCAUUUGUUUCAAAGGAGGAAUUCGAAUAGUAAUAAGCUUAGAAUAAAUUAAAAAAGGAAAAGCUAGAAAAAACAAAAACAAAACAAGUAGAAGAAGUAAUCUCACCAUAAUGA